GAAGCUACUUCCUGAAAACACAAGCCACACCUACACCUCGCUAUAAAUACUGUGGAAACUUUCGAAACCGAUUAGAGACUUCGCAGGAGAGCGACCCGUUAUCACUCAAUAUUGAACACGUCUUUUGAAUAAUCAUGAAGGGGCUUCUGGUUGCUGCAGUGGUCGCCCUGAUUCAUGGCAGCUUUGCCACUUUGCUCAUUAAAGGCCCGACCAAGCCGGUUCUGGAGGGUGAUGGCAUCACACUGGAGUGUCUUUACUCGGACUCUGAGGCCAACAUCAGCGAGGUCAACUUUGAGAGAUUUGUUGAGCACAGGCAGACAUGGCUUCCGGUUCGUGAGCGCUUUUGGUGCUUCAGUCAACAGCCAUUACGGCAGGACGGCCGUCUAACCCUGUCCCUCCCCCACCCAGGGAGGUACAACGAGGGGUCCUACCGCUGUGUGUCCAACGCUGAAAAUGUGACCGAGCAGGACCGAUUUUCCAUGCCGCUGACCUUCAAAGUGUAUUAUCUGGGAGAGGUGUUACUGACAAGGGACGGGUUCACCAGCUACCUGGGUGUCUCGGCGGAGCUGAAGGUGCGACUCGGGGACGAAGUGGUGUUGAAGUGCUCCGCCGGCUCAUCAGAGGAGCCUGUCUACUACUGGAGUAAAGAUGGUGAUGACUGGAUCCUGCCAUCCUCCACGCUGACGCUGAGGAAGAUGACAGCGGCUGAUGAAGGACAGUACACUUGCGUAGCCGAGCAUCCCUCUGUGGGAACGCUCACCAAGAAACGCAAAGUCAGCAUCACCGUGCUGCCUGAGGAUGCCCGCUGGUAUGAGUCUAGUAAUGGCCGCGUCCUGUUGAUGGCCUCGGCAGUGGCUGUCUCCCUCUUGGUGUUCAUCCUCUCCAUGAGUGUAUUCCUGUGCCGCAGGGCCAAGCGGGUCAGGACCAGCAAGGGACCAAUUGAUGACCGGUCUCAGAAGAAACCCAUCUACAAAACCAGUGUGGAGUCCCUGCCCUCCACCUGUGCAGACAAACAACCUCUGGUUUGACUGCACAGGCAGGUGUAAGGAUGAGGAGGGAGGAGGAAGAUGGAGUGAGUCACCAAAAAAAUGAGAGAUGGGAUAGAGGGGAUACUUUUAAGAAGGGGUAGAUGGUGUAGAACUCUGCAUGGUCACAUUGGGGGAGGAGAGAAGCGAAGCUAAGACGAAUAUUUGAUAUCUGUAGGGGAGGGGAGAGAGAAGCUGGGUGUGAAAAAAAGGGAAAUUAUUGCUUUAAAGACACAGAAGCUGCUUUGCUAGUGUGUGUAGGCUGCAGUUUUGCAUCUUGGACAGAAUGGUGGGCAAUUUUCCUUUCAUUUAUUCUGCAGCAUGGUAAAUGGUGUGCUACAUUCUUAGUAAAACGAUGGGAGAUUAAUCUUGUGUACUGUAGGACAUGGUUUAGACUCCACAUGCAAUUCUCCCUUUUCUUUUCUAAACAUAAUUGCUUGGCAGUGAAUGAGUAAUUUGGGUGAUGGGACAAGGCUUUAUUUUGUUGAUUUGUUUCCUUUUCAACCUGUUUUUCCAAAGCAGAACCAGCUCAAAGCAUCUGUGAGAACGUUAUUAUAAUCCAUUUUCCGUGACAGCCCUCAAGCACAACGCACUCUACUAUUUAAUGUUCUGUACUUUGGAUUUUCUUUGAUAUUAAAUGGCUUUCAGAAAAUAUUA